UCUGUUGGCAGCAUCGCAGACAGAAUUACGCUCGGGAAUCAGAAGGAUGGUGUGCUUGGAGCCGCUUGACGCCGCCAGCCUGCUCGAAGAACCAUAUUUAUACCCCGACUUCCGACUGCAACUGGCAGCUACCUGCACGGAGUUGUUCCCCAUCUUCGAAAACUAAGAGAUUUAGAUUCGAUGCAUGUUGACAUGUUGCUCUUAUAAAAACCAGCGUAUUGAGCAAUGGGGCUUCAUGGUAAAUAAAGAGUUGUAUAUAGAUGCUAUUCUGGACCAGUACAGUCUAAUUGAUUUCAUUCGUAUAGUAACAAAACUUAAAAGGAAUCAACAAAAACAUUCUAGCCUCUCAGCAUUGCAACAGUCACCGGACGAAACAGAAUUUUUUUCAAUUAACUUGAUGUGAUAUUUGACGUUAUAUAUCUCAGUGAAUCCUCUAUUUUAUUUGAAAAUAAAUAAGUGUUUAAAUAAUCAUUAACACGUUUCAGCUGAUUAAAUAGUAUCGAGCAGGCAUUAAGCUGGGAAAACAUUCAAGCAUUUCGAAGUGGAUGAACAUCGAGUAAAAACUUGGUUUAGCCAUGGAUUCGAUGAAUGACAUCAGCAGCUAUUCCAGUGACAACAACACUAAUAUGACCAACAACUGGGACGCGUGGUGUAGCAUGGUCGAUUACAACUAUCUUGCCAGCGUCAUCUUCAUAUGCAUCGUCAUGUUCAUGGGGGCAAUCGCCAACAUCGGACUCUUAGCAAUCACGUGCCUCAACAAAUCCCUGAGGACUCCUUCAAACAUCUUCCUCAUCAAUGUAAUUGUUGGGGACCUGAUAUAUAUCCUGAUGCGCGGACCUGUAUACGUCAACAAACUCCUACGUCCACUUUGCUGGAACCACGGACUAGUCGCCUGCAAGAUGCAUACCUACUUCGAGACGGUGGCCCAGUACGUCUGCAUUUUGUCACUGACAGCGUUGAGCAUCGAGCGUUACAUGGCGGUCGUUCGGGGUCUCGAGUCUCGACAGAUCAACAGCAGAACUGUCAAGGUUGUGGGUGUUCUGGUCACGUGGAUCGUGGCUCUUGUCUUGGCCAUUCCUAUGGCUCUGAUGUCCUAUAUCCUCGAUAUGAUGCCAAUAUGCAGCACUGUCCGCAUGGGUGAGAUAGAAGGACAACUGUUUGACUUGUAUAGCUUCUUUACCAUGUACUUCGUACCGUUACUCGUGAUCAGUACCCUAUAUGUCUCCAUCGCUGUGACACUCUACAAGAGCAGUCACACCAUGCUUAAUAAUACCAGGCAGGAUGCAAAUAAUAGGAGGCAGACGUCUCAAAGACGUCGCCUUGCCAUGAUAUUUGUUCUAAUCACCGUAUCUUUUGCCAUAUUUUGGAUGCCAUAUUUCAUCCAUCGCCUCUACAAACACGUGAUGUAUAGCCUUGGUAGCGACAAGCCACAUAGCAUCAUCUUUGAACAGAUAUCUGCCAUCUCUGCGCUCUUGAACGCGUGCCUCGACCCGUACAUCGUCUUCGCGAUGAGCACGGUCUACCGUAAGAACCUUUCCAAAUGCUGCCACAAGCAGAGCAGUUACUGCUGCGAAAAGAGUGAGAAUUUGAACAUGAACAACCACAACCGAGGCAAUAACUACCACCGACCAAGUGUUACGUUGUUUACGUCGUUGAGGUCACCUCAAAGUACUUUCGUGGCACUGAAAAGAAAUUCACCUUCAACCGUGAACUCGGAUACGGCUCUGUAGCAAAAGUACUACUCGAACGGCAACUUGUUAGGGUGUUGAUUUAAGAUAUUAAAAGUGAUGGAGAUUAUGAGCAUCAUGUUACAUGCGAUUUACAUCCAUAGCUUAUGAUGAUUUUUUCAAAUAUUUCAGAGUGUAUGAAUUGAUUGAUAAGGACCAAUAUGAGUUAUACCUGUUAAAAAAAAAAUAUGGAUUUAUAAUUUUCGCAGCCUUAGCAACUGCAAAAGACGAAGAUGACACGGAUAAGGACAAGAGUUGAUUAUCAAGACCUAAUGCAAGGAAUAAGACUAUUGAAAUCCGCAUGUAACUUUGACUAUUUCGAAUCUUGUUUAGACUACAUAAAUCUGUUCGAAUUAAGAGAAAUUCUGCAUAGAACAUAAUUUAGUUUAAUAAUUUGCUUCGACUUGGGCGAAUAUUCCACUUAUGUAAGGUUGACUUAUGCAAGUUGUUUUGACCAUGUUUACAUUGUCCAUAGGUAAUGUCGCAUUUAAAAAUGUCAUUGUAGGAUUCAUCGCUGCGGGUCAGACAACUUUUGCCAUCGAUGAUUAAAGAAAAUAAAAGUUGUUAACGGAUAUGGUUCUUAUAAUGUCCUGUAUCAUUUUAUGUUGUGAAAUAAUUUCUACUACUUGAUAUGGUGACUUUCAUUAUUGUCGCUCGAAUCAUGCUAAGACCGCAUUUUGAAAAGCCGUAUGACAUUUGUAUUAGUUGGAGUUAACAAGUUUAUAUUACUCAAUAUUGCCGGAAGUUAUCAUGAUUUACAAAAACAGUCAGUCUCAAGACAUAUCACAAUGAUAUAUUGUAAAGGUUAACGAUGCGUCAUAGUAAGUUUUAAACACGAGGGAAAACACAAACUUGACAAGUUUAAGCUCAGGGGAUAAUAACGUGGUGUUUAACGUUGCAACCGGCCAAUUUCAUAAUGUGAGACUGUUAGGUUGUUAAAGUUGAAUCUAUUUAUACUAGACAUGUUAGAAUAUAAAGGUGUCAAAUCAAGAGCACCUGAACUCGUAACGGUGGAUGAAAAUAUAACGAAAAGUCCCCAUUUUUCUAUUCAUUAUCCAAAAGGGUCGCCAAACAUUGCACAAGACUCGUAAUUACCGCCAAUAACUCGAUCUUCGUUGGCAUGAUUUUAGAAACAGUCAUUGCAUGGAUGUAUUGCACGUCUGAUUCAGGCAAUGGGGAGUGUUUGCCCCGGGACUAAGAACGUCUUUAAAAACAUAGAAAAUGUAUUGUAAACAUGGCCGUACACAUAAUUUUGUUUGCUAGAGGACAGGACGUGUAAACUUUUUCGAAUAAAAAUUCGAAAGUGAGGGAGCGAAGCCACCGAGCUUGUCAAUUAGUAUGCGAAAUUGAACGAUUUCAUGCAUAUUUUUGGUGAAUCGUAUGAAAAUUUUCAGUAAAAAAAUGUCAUCUGUCAAAAUUUCGGGGGGGGGGGGGGAACUUCCCCCUGCCUACCCCCACGCCGCUGCGUACGGCCAUGAUUGAAAAUACCCGUCAAAUCACAAGAAACAGCUAGGAGGCAUGAAAAAUUGCAAAUAUGUGGCUUGUCAAGAGUCCAGGACGAAACUGCUGUUUUGAUUCAUCAAUUUUUGACAAAGUCUUCUUGGUUGCCAUUCUUUGUCAUAAAGGUCAUCUAAGAACACAUUUUCUAUGUUCUUGAAAGCGUUCUGCGUCCCUUUGCGAAAACUUCCUAUUAUUUCAAAUGAGGAAUUUGCCACGGAUUUCACUAACCCAUGAAGCAAAGACGAUGUUUUCGAAUUUCUAUGUACAAAAUUUGAAAUUUUUUCGGCGAGCAAUAUUCGGCAACUUUCAUCGCAUUGUUUUCGAUCGCUUUGAAAGCAUGACGCUACAGCAUUCGCUACGGAAGUACUUUCACAACAUGGAUCUUACUCCGAAAUAUGUGUUUGCAUAUAUUGCUGACUAAUCAUGCUGUCAAUUUAUAACCUGUUAGAAAGUAGAGUAGCAUUACUAUUCUAAUUAUGGCUAUGUAUUCACCUGUACUAAUUGUGUGAUUGAUCUUAGUGUGUACUUAAAAUGUAUAGCUACGUAUCUAAAUAAUUCAGGGUGUUUUAAUAUCUUUAACGAUGUGUACAAAUUACUAUUGUUACUAGAUAAUAUGUGCAGUACUAGGCAUCGGAUGUGCAUUUGAAAGUAAUAUAAAGAAAACCUUUUUGAAUGUCGAUUUGAGCAGUAAUACAUAUUUUAUAUCAUAAAAUUUGAUUUAUUUUGUUGAAAAAGAAAAAAAAUGUGUGUACUACACUAGUAUUGUUAUCGUGAUAUCAAUUACAUAAAAUCUGAUCGUAACUGUAAAUAAUUGUUUAUUGUUAGACUCUUCCAAGAAGUCCCUUACGAUACGAUUUGUUUUUUCUUCCGUGUGUGUUCAGUUUCAUUUAUAUAAAUAGUCAGGGCUCACCAACUGCUCGUCCAUGUUCUAUUUUUGGGGGGCCGGGGGGGGGGGGGAGGGGGGGGGGGCAAGCGGGCUUUUUCUUUCAAAAUUAUGUGAAAAACAACAACAACAACAAAAAAAGCAUUUUGCGGCUCAUUUUUUCGAGAAGCAGAAAAAAGGCACCACUCCAAUGAUAAACUCCCUUGACGCCAAGGAAUAGGGCCCAAUCAUUUUGUUGCAAAAUUGUCUAAUGUCUUUUUCACAAUGGGGUAAGUGUGGGGGGGGGGGGAGGCUGGCCCCUCUGGAUCUGCUACUUGGGCUGAUGGUUCUUGCAAAGUUCUCUUCUCUCAAUGGAGCCCAGGCCAGGGGAGUGUUUCAUGAUCAUGAUGAGUUUCAUCAGUGAUUUUCAACAACAAAUUUGCUCUCAGCCAAUCAGAUGCAAGGAUUUUCAGUAGCUUAUAACAUUUGUCGGUGAAAAUCACUGACUAUUGCUUCAUGGACCACUCCCCAGUUCUACUUGUUUUAUCAUUCCUCGAAGGAUCAUUUGUACACUUUUGUAUGUAUUCAUAACAAUAAAGGCCUAUAUAUACUUAUACUUGAAAGAAAUGGUCUGAAACACUGAGAUAAUAAUUGCCUGAUAUAUCGGAUAUAUGUGAUUAUCCGUCAUAUUUUUCAUAUUUGAUUUGCAGACUAUUUGUGCAAAUUACGUAUAAUCAGACCAAAAGUUGUGAGGACGUCCCAGAUGACACUUCUAUUUUAUCAAUUUUAAAGUCCCCUUUAAUCAACAGAGAAUUCCAAAGAUAUUAUUAUCGCCGACCAGAAUUUCUCAGUUUUUUUGGCUUGAAUUCAUGGGCCCCUAAAUGUUAUAACAAUAACAACAACAACAUUUUAUUGAUAAUGAUAAUAAUCAUAAUCAUAUGCAACGUUUAUAUCGCAUGUAUUACUGCCUUCCUAUUUCCCCUGCCCUGGCAUAGCUCCCAAUGAACAUCUUAUUGUAUUUUUGUUUGUUUUGACAUUUAUUGGUACGAUGUAGCUAGAUUGUUAUUUCCUGUUGAUUGUGAAUUCGAAUUUUUCACUCGGUAAUUGUCGAGUUUGGGAUUCUCCAUUUCACUGAAAUAGACAAAGGCUAUGUUUGUCAGACCUGUUUGUCAAAAGUUAAAAAUUGAAAAUUAAAUUGAAAAUUUAAAGUGUCUGUAUAAAGCUGAUUGAAAUCGCUAAAGAUUUCAAACUCAGAUCCUAAUUGAUUGAUAGUCGAUGCGCAUGAUUAUAAUGAUUUUGAUUGAUCAUGCCAUUUCGGAAUUGGUUUUUAUCUUCUGUUAUUCGGGGGCACAUAUCAGUUGUGAAUUCUAAAAAAAACACCAUUAUAUAAUCGAUUUGACAAGGCCUUUUUUAAGAUUACGUUGUCAUCUAACCUUCUAUUCGUCACUUCGAUGCUUACAGGGGCGGAGCCAGGAACAUGUUUCAUGGGGGUGGAGGGGGCAAAGUGACUUAAGGCUUAGAUCUUAUUUUUCUCAACUGAAUUAUAUGGUUAUUUUUAUAAUACUGGAGUUGCGCGACCCAGACCUCUCUUUGUACACUCCUCCUUUCUUCCCACCUCUCCCUUUUUGUUUUCCCUUUUUUUCAUUUCUCACUCCUUUAAAAAAAUCAUCUGGGGAUGGUCGCCCCCACCCUCCCCGGGUGACACCGACCCUGGUUUGAUGUCUUCAUGAUUAUCUCCACCAUCAUUAAAAUACAGUGACAUUUUUAUUCUGACGUCGGAGCUCGAUUCUCUCCAUAACUAAGUUUCUAAAAAUAAGUCAACCGCGUAUUUCUCGAAAGAUUGUAACCUGUAUUUAAUUUCCAAAUUUAUUCAUACGAUGUUAUCUUAUCUCUCGCGACUUUUAUAUGUAACAUAUCGACAGAUCAUUAUGUUUAUUUAUCGUUGGAUGAAAUUAGUGUGAUUUGUAAAUAAAACCGUGGUUUUAUAACAAAA